UUUACCAUCACUGGCUAGUUUUGUGCCGUUUUUGUUUACCUUUGUUAGCAUUCUCUACAAUAAUAAUUAUCCCAACAAAGUCUAGACUAGACUCUAGUCUUGUCUAGGUUUAGGAUACCGUCUCGUCGGAAACCACAAUCUCUUUUUUAGAUCUAAUCUAGACUAGAUGGAGAUUCUAGAUCUAGAUUUAGAUUCUAGAUCUAUCUGUUUUUGUUAGACUGAGACGUUUUUGGAUUCUGGACUACUGCUACUGGUAGACUGGUGAUGACUAGUGGUUGAAGUUUGAAAUAAGAGAAUGUGAUGUUUUAGAACCUCAGCAAGAAAGACAACUAGCAUGGGAAGUGCUUCAUCCAAGUUCCGCAAACACCUUCAAUCUGGGGAUGAAGUUCAAGCACUCACACUUUACCAAAACAACCAGGAACUGCGGAAAGGGCUGGACCCCAACUGUUCCUACGGAGACUCCCACCACCAUGAGACCCCAUUACAUCUGGCAGCUAAACAUGGGAUGCCACGACUCUUGUGUAUUUUUCUGACCACAAAAGGGGGCAAUCCCAACAAAACAAAUGCUAGAAAAGAGACUUGCCUUCACUGUGUCUGCAUGGAGGCCAAUGCUCAGUCGCCCCAUGUUUGUAAGCGUCGAGCUGAAUGCUUAACCCACCUUCUUAAAUGGCGAGGGGCUACUCUUGCUGAGGGACAGGUUGAAAAAAUUAACCUGGCUGCUCAAGAUGAAAAACUGAACACAGCAUUACACUAUGCAGCAGCUUCUGGCCUGACACAGUGUGUUGAGACUUUGAUCCAGCAUGGCGCCCCACUGUUUUUAGAGAAUGUAGACAACCAAACACCCUGUGACACAGCAGAGAAGAAUGGACAUGCCAGGAUUGCCCUGUACCUCGAGUCCAAAAUGGUUUUUUCUAAUGAGGAGGAGCCACGAAGUGACGAUGACAACAUUUCAUCAUUUCCUGUUGUUGAGGAAUAUUCUGGUCUGCGCCCCCAAGAUUUACAGGAGGCUAAAGACCAGCUUCUGGUAGAGACGGCUGAUAUGUUGAGUGUCCCAUUGUUUACUGCUGAGGCCUUGCUCAGGAACCACGAAUGGUCAAGAGAGAUGCUGUUAGAAGCCUGGAUGACUGACCCUUUUGCUUGCUGUGAGAAAUGUGGAGUGACUCCCCCUGCGACACUUUACUGCGACAAGCCCCAAGUUCAAGAAACUCUGGCCAGCCCACUGCCUUCCCCACUGCACACUGCAUCAAUGCCACUAGAAGCAGAGUGCAAUAUAUGUGCUGAUACAUUCCUUAUUGCUGACGAACCAGUCCACAUGUGCUGUACUCACAAGUUUUGUAAAGUGUGUUGGGAGAGGUAUUUAAACGUAAAGAUCCAAGAAGGUGAUGCCCACCACAUCACCUGCCCUGCCUAUGACUGUACUAUGUUAGUACCAGUAGAUAUUAUUGAACGUAUUGUCUCAAGAGAUAUGGCACUACGUUAUUUACAGUUUGACAUUAAGGCCUUUGUUGACAGUAAUCCUGACAUGAAGUGGUGUCCUUCACCUGGUUGUGGCCGGGCUGUUAAAUUACCUGACCUUGAACUUGGGAUACUUCAGGGUAACAAGCGCAACAAGAUCCCCUCCGACACAUCAAGGGGAGUAGACUGCGGAGUCGGUCACUACUUCUGCUGGGAGUGUCUUGAAGAAUCCCAUGAGCCAUGUAGCUGUGAAAACUGGAGCAAGUGGUAUCAGAAGAUCAGUGAAAUUAGACCAGACAUGUUGGACGGGACAGAACAAGAAACAGAACUGGCAGCCAAUUGCUUGUGGCUGGUGACCAACUCCAAACCUUGCCCCAACUGUAAAUCUCCAAUACAGAAGAAUGAAGGCUGUAACCAUAUGAAGUGUAGCAAGUGUAAAUAUGACUUCUGCUGGGUGUGUUUAGAGCAGUGGAAACGACACAACAGCUCAACCGGUGGAUAUUUUAAAUGUAACCGUUACGAGGUGGUCAGGAAGGUGGAGGAACAGAACGCACAGAUGCUCACUGAGGCGGAGAGCAAGAACAGAAAGAUGCAAGAGCUCAACAGAUUUGUGCACUACUACACCAGGUUCAAGAACCAUGAGAACAGUUGUAAGCUAGAGGAACCGUUACUGAAGACAGCUAAAGACAAGAUGAUGAUACUUGCAGAAGCUGUGACAGACAGUGCCACUGCCCAUCUGGAGACCAAGUUUGUGGAGGAUGCUGUACACCAGCUGCUGAAGGCCAGACGUAUCCUCAAGUGUUCCUACGUCUACGGCUACUAUCUAGAUGGGCCAGGCUACAAGAAGAUUGUCUUUGAGUUCAUGCAGACUGAGCUAGAAGAAUGCACAGAGAUUUUGUCCCAGAUGGUCAACAGACUGUACCUGCGCACCCCCCGACGUAAGAUCAUAGAGCAGGCCCACGUUGUACAGCGCAAGAGGCUGGAGUUCAUCAUGGCCAUCUCCAAGGGCCUUGUGCCACCUGAAACACCGCCCUCCUCACGCAAGGGCAAGAGGAAGAGGAAACUGAGUGGCGGAGGGCAAGAAGAUGAAGAUUUGCAUCGAGCUAUAAUCGCAUCUAUUCAAGAAGUGAAUCCAGCCAAUCCAUGGAUCAAGGAUGCGUCAGGGCGCCACACAAAUGUCACGACCCUGCUGGAGUGGCCUUCACCUUCAGAUGAGAGCGAGGACAGCGACUGUGAACCUGACAAGAGAGCCCUGAGGGAAAGCAUUGGUAAAUGUCACCGGGCAGGCUGUAACAAGGUCAGGGCCAGAAACCCCAGGACUAAAGACCACCACGACUACUGCAGUCAGUACUGUAUGCUGGUGGACAGGGACGACCGCGAGGGGGAGGAGUGUGAAGGUAUUUCAGAAAUUGUCCUAGAUGAGCACAUGGAGCUACUGCGGGCCCUGGAGAUGUCCAGACUACAGUACCUGCGUGACAGCGGGCUGCUCCAUGUCCCAGAGUCACAGGAUGCCCAGAAGUGUGGUUUAAAUAAAGGCACACAGACCAGCACUCACAGACCCAGGUCAAACAGUGCUGGACAGGAAACCAAAGCCAGGAAGAAAAACACUGUCCUGUCUUCUCUAGAGGAGCUGGGCAUCGAGUCUGAGAGUUUCCUCUCUCUUAAAGCAGAGGACACAGAAGAGCAGCAGUUUGGUUGCAGACUGUCGUCCCACCCAAACAAGCUGAGCCAGGCCAGCAGGUUUGAUGAGACCCGCUCCACCAUAGUCCCCAGGGUGCCAAACAAAAGUGUUGAGGACCUCUUUCUUCUGGGCCAGCCGGCCAAACCUGCCCACCCCGGCCUUGAGGUCUCAAGCAGCAGCAGUCACCUCGACCUGCCAGUAACUGUGGAGAGUGGGGCGUCUGCUUGCGCUGUAGACUCACCUGACCCCACCCAUGGUUUGUUCGGCUCGUCCAUGUUUGGCGCCAUUAAGGACAUUUCCGUGUCCAACAUUCAUUCCAAUGAGAGUGAUAAAACGGAAGAUUUCCUCAGCAAGGAUUUAGCCGCCCUGUUUAUACCCUGGGGGGUGGAGAGCAACAGGAAGCUUGAUGCACCAGCCACUUCAUAUGCAAAGCGACCUCUGACCCUGGAGGAGAACCCUGGGAGAAGCAUGUACAGAGCAGCAGACGUGAGGAGGUGGACGGAUGGAGCACAGCAUGAUGUGGGUUCACCACUGAAGGACAGUCCUCCAGACAUCUUCAUCAAGCAGACAGAGAUCAGGAGGGGCAGGAGUCCCAGGGAGAUCUCCCUGCUGGAGAUGACGGAGAACCUUCUCAAGAUGACCCUUGACUGUAAUAGUAGAAUAUCAGAAGUGGGUGGGGCUGGGCCCACGGGCAGAUCCCUGGAGCCCCCAGCCAGUAGACUGUCCCACGGGCGUUACAGCCAUAGUUCUAGCUCGUUGUGUGAUGUGACGCAACUGGACGCUCGGAGCAGACAAACACGCUGUACGGAGGACGACACCAUUUUGUAUCACCUGCCUAGAACAGCCUGGACUGACGAUAAAUGUGGGUUAGGUGACACCCUGCCGUCACCACCUAGUGAACUAGGUGACACCCUGCCGUCACCACCUGGUGAAUUAGGUGACACCCUGCCAUCACCACCUGGCAAACUGAGGCUGCCCUCAGCAAGAAAAAGCUACACAAAAACAUCCCCGCAUAAAUCACAUAAAAAUGGCUCAAGGAAAUCCAAGAAGAAGAUGGUAGCUGUGAUGGUGGACUCCGCAGGCUGUACACUCGAAAGCUCAUCCCAGCAUGAUGACACUGUCAGUUGUCGUGUCACUGACAGCAGGCUUCCAGAAAAGCUGAGCAGUCAAACAGUGUCUGACAGCGCCACCUCUGACACCAUGCCUCAGUCAUCCAGCGAGGAGAAGUUGCUGUACUCGUCCGCUGGCUCUGGGGCUGACGACAACAUCAUAGAGUACUGCUUGACACGCAACAUCUCCAGAGACAGCCUGUCAGAGAGGCAGGUUUCCCCUGCAGGUUCCGCUCACCUGGCAGGUGUUGCUGCAGGUGUUCCUGCCAGCGCUGACGACACAGAAGGCACCCUAGCAUCAAGUGCCUUGAUCACUGACGCCUACGACGUGACAGCGUCUGAUGACAAUUGGGAGGACGCCAGCUCAAUGCUCUCACCUGAUGCUGAUGAAGAAACUGGAUCUGUAUUUGUGUGAACACAUACCUUUUUUUCUCUAAUUGUAUAGACCAAAUACAUUCAUCAUGAAAACUAUAAAUAAUAGAAUGCACUGUUCAAAAUAUGACAGAAUAUAAAUAUAUACAUACCUAUAUAUAAAUAGUAUUGUAAAAAAUUGUAUUUGUAUUUUAUAAAAGAGAAUUUAUUAUUUAAUGAUUGUCAUCUUUAAGAUGCUUCAAGUUUUUGUAUGUAACCUGGAUUUAAAAUCUACCAAAUGUAAUCCACACACCAAAAGUGUUAAAUUUGUUCCAGUAUUCUAGAGGUCAGCUGUUGCUUGAUCUCUGGUCAGUUCAGUUGUGAUGACCCAUGUCGUAUCACUGAUGACCCAUGUCGUAUCACUGAUGACCCUUGUCAUGUCUCUGAUGACCCAUGUCAUGUCGCUGAUGACCCAUGUCACUGAUGACCCAUGUCGUAUCACUGAUGACCCUUGUCAUGUCUCUGAUGACCCAUGUCACUGAUGACCCAUGUCAUGUCACUGAUGACCCAUGUCGU